GACUAUAAGCAGAAGAAGAUGGAGAUGGAGAGAUAGGAAUGACAUCAUCAGUGGUAGAGCACAGGUUGAACGACUGAGAGAUGUGGUAGAAGAACGUGAGGAAGGCAGGACAAAGUCAAAGGUGCAGACAUGGAGGUGGUUAGAGUGAGGUGGAGGAGGUGACCUCAUGAAAGGUCAACUCAUUUAGCCUCAAUCAACAGGCCAAACUUUUGUCCCAGAAAUAACUGAACAACUGCUCCGUCCUCGUGUAUCCUGCAGCUUUAAUCCAACUAAAAGUUUCUUAAAUGUGACGAUUCCUCUGCAUUUUGUUUAUAAGUGCAACAAAAGGCAGCAGCUUCCUGAGAGAAGCCCAUCACAGAUAUUUGGGUUGUUUUGUUGCCUUUGUGCCAGUUCUCUGUAACUUAUUUAUGAUUCAGGAGACUCGGAACAGCAAACUGAAAGGAGGGGUGGAUACGAGGAGAAGGUUUUAAAACCCAGAACGAAGCAGGAGGGUUGGAUGAGUGGAAGGUGAAGCGGCGAGAGGAGUGGAAAUGUUUCGCUCCACCGUGAGACCUUCAAUGUGAUCAGAUGAAAGAGCAGACCUGAUGUGGAAGGAAAAAGGAGGCGAGGAAGGAGGAGAGGGGUGUUUCCCUGCAGGCGGGGAUGUGUUUGUGUGUGAACUAAUCUCUCUCUUUUACACACACACACACACACACACCCUCCCUCUCAGUGGCUCAGUCAGUUGCGCUAACACUCGCUGAGGUCGGCAGCACAAAGCAAAGACGCUCCGUUACCGUCUCAGGCUCACACACGCCUCCAACGCUCGACACACACCUUCUCUGCAGGAACCCAAGCUAAACUGAAACGCAAGGAGCAAAGAGAAAGUGAAAAGGAGGUUAAAGGACGUCCACAUCCUGAGAGAAAUUUGAGGAAAAACGACAACAACGACCUCGUUGACAGAUUGAAGAGCAUCCUCCUGAGGCCGCCUGCUGACUGAAAACAAGCACUGCGUGGGAACUCCAUGUGUGUGUGCUGCUAACCCCCUGUGUGUGUGUGAGUGUGUGUGUGUGUGUGUGAGUGUGUGUGAGAGUGUGUGUGUGAGUGGCACCAUGCUGUGGACGCUGCUCCUGGCGCUGCUGCUGCUUCUCCUGCUGCAGACUCAGCUCUCCGUGUGCUUAAGGGAGCUGCGCAGCGGGGCUUCCGGUUCACCUCUUUACUCCACUCCUUCAUCCUCCUCCUCCUCCUCCUCCUCCUCUUCAUCUCACAAUGCUACCCAGCAGCGGCUGCCCGGAGCCAUCAUCAUCGGCGUGAGGAAAGGCGGCACCAGAGCCCUGCUGGAGAUGCUCAACCUGCACCCAGACGUGGAGGUGGCGAAGGCUGAGGUGCACUUUUUCAACCUGGAGGAGCACUUCCGUCGCGGUCUGAGCUGGUACCGAGCCCAGAUGCCCUUCACGCUCCCAGGCCAGCUGACGGUGGAGAAGACCCCAGGAUACUUCGCAGCUCCUCAGGUUCCCUCACGAGUCUGGGACACGAACCCAGCGGUCCGUUUGUUGCUGAUCGUCCGGGACCCGGCAGAACGGCUGGUGUCCGACUACACCCAGGUUCUCCACAACCGCCUGACCCAGCUCAAGCCCUACCAGCCUCUGGAGGAGCUUCUGCUCCGCAAGGGCCACAUCAACCACGGGUACAAGGCCCUGCAGAGGAGCCUGUACCACCUGCACCUGGCCCGCUGGCUCGAGGUCUUCCCCAGGGAGCAGAUUCACAUCGUGGACGGCGACGCCCUUAUCCAAGACCCCUUCCCCGAGCUGAGGAAGGCCGAAAGGUUCCUGGACCUACCGCCCAGGAUAAACCCCAGCAACUUUUACUUCAACACCACCAAGGGCUUCUACUGCCUGUUGUCCGCCGGACACGACAAGUGCCUGGACGAGUCCAAAGGCAGACCUCACGCUCCUCUGAGCGCGCAGGCCCUGAAGAAGCUCUGCCGCUUCUUCAGGAAGCCCAACAAGCUCUUCUUCGAGAUGGUGGGCAAGUCGUUUUCCUGGUGCUGAUCCAGCCCUGGAGGGCUGUGGAGCAACACAAUCAGGGGUAGACACGGGGUAGACGAGUGAAAACACUGAACAGUUCUCUCUGUCGGUACCUCCUCAGGUAAAAAAAAUUUAAAAAGUGGCCAGAAGGAGAACUGAGCAGAAACUGUGACCAAGCUGGUGCCUCCUCAGACACGACGAAGCUACAACAACUGUGCCAUACACGAGUGUGAAAAUCAGAACUGUCUGUUAGGACCAUAGACUGUAUGAUGAUAGACCCUGGAUGGAACCGUUCUGCAGACGUUUCAUUUCUGAAGAGAUGUUCUGUCAAACCUUUAUCAUGAUUUAGUACCUUAACAGCCAUGACACCAAUCAGACCACAUAGAGGUCCUCAUCCAGACCGGACUAAUGGCUGGACGAAUACGGGCCUGUUGUUUUCUCAGACUUAUAUGAAAUAAUUCUACCUUACCUCAGGUAGGUAUGUCUGCAGACAAAGUAGGCGUUUCCAACGGAAGGUGUUUCUUAAUGGCCACACCUGAUUGGAUGAAUAUUUAACACAUUCUCACCCCCCACUCAUCAACAUAUUGACGCUUUUCCAAAGUUCCCUCUGCGUCUUAUUUUGAUGAGUUGGUUGACCCCCUCGCGUCAAUCUUUGCCGCCCGCGGCUUUUCCGGAUUGCGGCACCAGGGGUCUUUGGGUCGGGGGUCUAAGGUUAACAUG